AGGACCUCCCCGCCCCCCGGCCGUCGAAGUCGGAAGAGAGGCAUCCAUACUGUUGUGGUGCCAGCGCCAGCCACAAAAUGUCGACCUUUUAUUGAUAACCGGGGCUUUGUCCGACACGUUAACCGCGCCCGCUGCUUCAUAUACGGCUGUGAUGUCGGGGGCGGCCGGGGGAGGCUCCUCGGGUCAGGGCGCGGCGUCGGGAGCUGGUUGCAGCUCCGCCGGGGUGGCGGGGAGGCUGCCCGCGCGGGUCCUGGAGCACAUCUUCUCCUACCUGGAGCUGCUGGAUCUGACCCAGUGCGCCCUGGUGUGCUGGCACUGGAGCAACAUGCUGGCGGAUGAAAACAGCGAGGUGUGGCGGAGCCUGUGUGCCCGCUCGCUGAGCGACGAGGCGCUGCGGUCCGACAUCCUGUGCAACCUCCCGUCGUACAAGGCCAAGCUCAAGUCUUACCAACACGCUCUGAGCUCCCACGACUGCUCCCGCAACGUGUACGUGAAGAAGAACGGCUUCACCCUGCACCGCAACCCCAUCGCCCAGAGCACCGACGGGGCCCGGGGCAAGAUUGGCUUCUCGGAGGGGCGCCACGCCUGGGAGAUCUGGUGGGAAGGGCCCCUGGGGACGGUGGCGGUGAUCGGCCUGGCCACCAAGCGGGCGUCCAUGCAGUGCCAGGGUUACGUGGCCCUGCUGGGCAGCGACGACCAGAGCUGGGGGUGGAACCUGGUGGACAACAACCUGCUGCACAACGGCGAGGUGAGCGGGAACUUCCCGCAGUGCAACAACGCGCCCAAAUAUCAGAUCGGAGAGCGAAUACGAGUAAUCCUCGACAUGGACGACAAGACGUUAGCCUUCGAGAGGGGGUUCGAGUUCCUCGGGAUUGCCUUCCGGGGGCUGCCCAAAGCCUGCCUGUUCCCCGCCGUCUCGGCGGUGUACGGCAACACCGAGGUCACCAUGGUGUACUUGGGGAAACCGCUGGACGGCUGAAGGCCGCCGAGGCCCAAAAAACACGUUUUUUGCUCCCAUCGGAGGACUGUCCGCAUCUCUACUACAGCUUAGCAUGGGUCCCCACUUUUACCGCCAGGAAGACUUUGUUCUCUUCGGUGUCAAAGACCAGGCAGCUUACGUACACCAUUUUCAUCGUAAGUUAUUUUUCAACGUGGCAAACACUAGACAACUACAUAUUCCAUUAAAAAAAGAGCUCACUGGAGGAUACCCCAUGUGUAUUAUACGCUGUGUGCCACAUCCACGUCUAAGUGUCAUAUUUACGUGUGUCCCUUUUAAUGUGCUACUCAAAAGUUACACUAUACUAUUUAUUUGUCCAUGGUACUACUACAGCUGCUGUACGGUUUACAAGCUGCAAAAAUAAAGUCAUUAAAAGGUGCCACUCUUAACAGUUGA